AUGACUGUUUGGGUGAAGGUCAAGUUCUUUGACAUAGUUUUUCUAAUUUUACAUGCACCAACGGAGGAAAAGUCACAAGAGAAAAAAGAAGAAUUCUACAAAAAGUUAGAAAAUAUUUUGUCGAGAAUAAAUAAUAGUAAAAUACGAAUUAUGCUGGGGAUGCAUAGCUUACAUGAAACAACAAACAAUAAUGGUAUGAAACUGACAGAUCUAGCAACUUGCAAAGGAUUCAAGAUAAUAAGCACAAUUUUUCCCCAUAAUGAUAUAAAUAAAAUGAAUAAGAGAUUUAUGAAUAAUGUCAAUGAUGUAAGAGUAUAUAGAGGGGCGGACUAUGAUCCAGAUCACUACCUAGUAGGUGGGAAAUUCAAUAUCAAACUGAAGACGAGACAACAGAUUGAUAGCUCCUACUAUGUUAAAUAUGAAAUAACAAAGCUCAAGAAUGAAGAGAUAUGUAGAGUUUUUUAA